UUCUCCCUAGUUCCCAAUCCCAUGUUCUCUUCCAAUAUGGAUCAAAUUAUUUUCCUUUUUCUUCUCUUUACAUCCUUCUUUGCACAUCCAUUUACUCCGACUGCUCGAUUUCUACGAGGCCGAUCAAUAGCGGCGCGUCAUUCCUCUCGGAUCUCCGUAGUUGGAGCUGUUUAUUGUGACACUUGCUCAAGCAAUGCUUUCACAAGACACAGCUACUUCCUACCAGGUGUGGAUGUUCAAAUAAGAUGCAAAUUCAAAGUAAACUCACCCAAAUCAACAGAGCAAGUCAACUACGCAGUGAACAGAACCACAGACAGAUAUGGAGUGUACAAGCUUGACAUACCAUCAGUUGAUGGGGUCAACUGCAUCAACGGUUUAGCAUUGGUCUCAAUGUGCCAAGCAAAUCUAAUAGGGAGCUCCUCAUCAGCCUGCAAUGUUCCUUCCAUAAGAACCGCAUCAAAUGAGAUAUCAAUCAAAUCAGAACAAGACAAUCUUUGCAUAUACAGCUUGAAUGCACUUAGCUACAAGCCAUCCAAGACGAACACAACCUUGUGUGGGACCAACAAGGAGGAGGAAUUGGCAAACUCUAUCAACUCCUCAAAAUGCUUUUUCCCUUGGCCUCCUUUGCCUUCUUUCAACUUCCCGCCUUUACCGCCUUUGUCAUCACUGCCGUUCCCGUCUCUCCCGUGGCCAUUUCAAAACCCGCCGUCUUUGCCAUUCCCUUUCUCAUCACUCCCUCCUUUCCCUCCGAUCACAUCUCGCUUUUCGCCGCCCCCGUCGCCGCCGGCUUUUAGCCUCUCUGAUCCAACAACUUGGAUACCUUAUAAUCCUCCUUCUCCUCCUAAUAUACCUAAUAAAAAUCAAAACCCUUAGUAUACUUUUAUGAUUUUUGAUUACUUAUUUGCUUCCAAUUCUUAUCUAAGAAAUAAUUAUGUUCAACAUCU